AUGGAGAGCGAGGUCCUAAGUGAGAGCUCGAGCACCAUCGGUGAUGACUGGGUAAAAGACGCCAACGGAAGCGGAUCUGCAGAUUCCUCGUCCGUGCGCGAUGUGGUCGACGUCUUGAAGGAGUUCAGCUCGGUUGAGGGCUCACCGGUGCAAAAAGAAAGCGAGUUGCAAGCGAGGAAAUGGAUUCGCCUCCUCGGCAUGGCAAAUCGACCUGACCCCCUCUCCGACUGGGAUCAGCUCUACAACCUCAAAAGUCAAAGCCAAUUACGAAAUGACUGUCGCAUUCUGGCAAAACAAACUGGGAACACCAAAUCCGUCCCUGAACUUGAGUCAUUUUUGACGUUGUACUGUAAGAAAAGGAAUAUGGACUACGAUAAAGAUUCCGGCUGGACUCUCCACUUGUUCAACAUCUUCUUCGGGUUGACGACGAAAUAUAUGCCAAGGGAAACCAAGCCGGGCGCUCAGGUAUUUGACCUGUUCCGACUCCUCCUACAGUACCACGAACCGGAGUUGUCGUCGCAUUUGGAGUCUAUUAAGUGCUCCCCACACACUUAUACCAGGACCUGGUUUGCCUCCCCAUGCCUGCGCAAAAGGGACGGCGAUCCCUUCCUCGUCUUCUUCCUCGCCCUGGCGAUGACCAUCAACGCGAAGGAGCAACUUUUAGCAUACACGAAAGAUCAGCGGGAGGAAGCCGUCAAGCUCCUCUCCGAACUUCCGAAGCCUGACGAUUUGAAUACCGCCAUUGAAGCGAUGCUCCCCACCUCGUAUUUUGUCAUCGAUUGUCGAAGUGAGGAGGCAUUUCGGGCUGGCCAAGUCCACGGAUCAUUCAAUCUCGAUGCCCAAUUGUUUGUCGACGCCCCUGAACACUUUGCGAUGGCACAUAAGGCCCAAGAGGAGUACAAAUCGGCUCAACACCCGGAGGAUCACUACUGCUUUCUAGGCUACGGCGACCCCGAAAAGACCAAUUUA